GCGCCGCGCCAUCCGCCGAGGCCGCCAGCGCGAGCGUCCCACCCGCGCCCGGGACCAUGGCCACCGACUCGUGGGCCCUGGCAGUGGACGAGCAGGAAGCGGCGGCCGAGUCAUUGAGCAACUUGCAUCUUAAGGAAGAGAAAAUCAAACCAGAUGCCAAUGGUGCUGUUGUCAAGACCAAUGCUAAUGCAGAGAAGGCAGAUGAAGAAGAGAAAGAGGAUAGAGCUGCCCAGUCCUUACUCAACAAGCUGAUCAGAAGCAAUCUUGUCGAUAACACAAACCAAGUGGAAGUCCUGCAGCGGGAUCCAAACUCCCCCCUCUACUCGGUGAAGUCUUUUGAAGAGCUUCGGCUGAAACCACAGCUUCUCCAGGGAGUCUAUGCCAUGGGUUUCAACCGUCCAUCCAAGAUACAAGAGAACGCAUUGCCUUUGAUGCUUGCUGAACCCCCACAGAACUUAAUUGCCCAGUCUCAGUCUGGUACUGGUAAAACAGCUGCCUUUGUGUUGGCCAUGCUCAGCCAAGUAGAACCUGCAAACAGAUAUCCUCAGUGUCUGUGCCUCUCCCCAACAUAUGAGCUCGCCCUUCAAACAGGAAAAGUGAUUGAACAGAUGGGCAAAUUUUACCCUGAACUGAAGCUAGCUUAUGCUGUUCGAGGCAAUAAAUUGGAAAGAGGUCAGAAGAUCAGUGAGCAGAUUGUCAUUGGCACGCCUGGGACUGUCCUGGACUGGUGCUCUAAGCUCAAGUUCAUUGACCCCAGAAAGAUCAAGGUGUUUGUCCUGGAUGAGGCUGAUGUAAUGAUAGCUACCCAGGGCCAUCAAGAUCAGAGCAUCCGCAUCCAGAGGAUGCUGCCCAGGAACUGUCAGAUGCUGCUUUUCUCUGCCACCUUUGAAGAUUCUGUGUGGAAGUUUGCCCAGAAAGUGGUCCCGGACCCAAACGUUAUCAAACUGAAGCGCGAGGAGGAGACAUUGGACACCAUCAAGCAGUAUUACGUCCUUUGCAAUAACAGAGACGAGAAGUUCCAGGCCUUGUGUAACCUGUACGGGGCCAUCACCAUUGCCCAAGCUAUGAUCUUCUGCCAUACCCGCAAAACAGCUAGUUGGCUGGCAGCAGAGCUCUCAAAAGAGGGCCACCAGGUGGCUCUGCUGAGUGGUGAAAUGAUGGUGGAGCAGAGGGCUGCGGUGAUUGAGCGCUUCCGAGAGGGCAAAGAGAAGGUCCUGGUGACCACCAACGUGUGUGCCCGAGGUAUCGAUGUUGAACAAGUAUCUGUUGUCAUCAACUUUGAUCUUCCCGUGGACAAGGAUGGGAACCCAGACAACGAGACCUACCUGCACCGGAUCGGGCGCACCGGCCGCUUCGGCAAGAGGGGCCUGGCAGUGAACAUGGUUGACAGCAAGCACAGCAUGAAUGUUCUGAACAGAAUCCAGGAGCAUUUUAAUAAGAAGAUAGAAAGAUUGGACACGGAUGAUUUGGACGAGAUUGAGAAAAUAGCCAACUGAGAAGUGGCACCAUCACUGGGGCCCACCCUUGGCACUGCCCUGUUUGGGAGACCAGUGCUUUCACUGCCCAGGCCUUGACAGUCACCACAAAGAUGAAGGCAUGAGAAGAGAGAAACUACCUACCUCAUUUUAAAUUAUGUUUGGACUUAACAAAAAUUUGUGCAAAUAAUGAGGGAAAAUAGAUAGAAAUUUUUGCAUUUUGGAAAAUUUCUCCUCCUAUUUUUCCUCCUAUUUUUAAGCCACAUUUUCCCCCAUCAUUAGGGUAACCUGGUCGCUAUUGAUAAUGGCUGGUUCCAGGACCCCCUGCCUGUUUUUUGGCUAGGGGUGGUGGGAGCAGCCUCCAGCACCUAAAGAAAUGAUGGAGGUAGAAGUGGUGCGGCAGAGGCCAGGACGGAGCCAGCAAGCUGCAGCAGGGACCUGGGCACUGCCCCUCGGUUCCUUCACUGGAACCGUUUUCCUUCUCCUAAAAUCCAGAGAUGUUCCAGCUGGUCUGUGGCAGACAAUAUCCCUGUUUCUUCCUGAUGAGCAUCUUGGCUAGUUUUGUAAACUUCAGAUUUGGGGAGAAACACAGAAGUCAUUGAAUCUCAGCCUCCUGAGAGUGAUUGGUCUGUCAAGGGUAGAUGAAUCCUCUGAGGGUCUGGGCCUGCCUUCUCCUUCCACUUGCUUCAUCUGCUCAGGCCCCUGUGCUCAGCCAGGAGAUACCGGGUGAUCUUCUGAACACACGCCUGGCCGAGUGAGUUAUCCCUGAGCUGGCACAGCAUGCCUGGAGCCAAGCAGCAGUUUGGAAAGGAAGUUACAAUCAAGUGAAAACUCUGAUUAUGCUCUUCAUCCGUAACGGUGGACUUUAUGGGUUCUAUUAAUUCAUACAUAGUAUGAAUAAGGACAGAUAAAUUAUAGCUAUACGCAUCAUUCAUUAUGUUAAGCCAUUUUAAAGUAAUUAUGAGAAACGCUUUACUAAUCAUGCUUUGUUUUUGUAUUUUUCUGCUUAUUAGACUGAUAUAUACUCAUUAAAAAAUGUGUGCGUGUGUGUAUAAA